AUGGCCGCCCCGCCGCCCCCGCCCCUCGCACUCACAACCCUCCACGACCAGCUCCUGACCCUCGAGCGCCAAAAGGCCUCUCUGACCGCGCAGCUGCUCUCCCUCCGCGCCACGCACCCCCUCUCAAACACCUCACCACCCACCCCGCCCUCCUCCUCCUCUUCCUCCUCCUCCUCUUCCUCCUCAUCCCCCGCCUCUUCCUCCCCCGCCUCCGCCACCACAACCGCUACAAGUACGCAAAAGACAACACAAGAGCCACUGACGGACGCCGACCACCUCAGCGCCGUGUUCGCCUCCACCACGGCCUCCGCCGCAGCUUCAAUCGCGCGCCUCCACCGCAUCGCCGGCAUCACAACGUUUACCAUCCGCGACCCGUCGCCGCCGCAUACCACGCUGCUGGGCGUCAGGAUCGAGGUGUUUUGUAACCGGCAAUUCCACCCCCCCCACUACCUACACAUAACCCUCCCGCCGCCCACCCACGACCCCAAAUCCGCCCCCUACACCAUCCACCGCCACACCCUCCCCCCCUUCCUCCCGCUGCCCACGCCGCUCCCACCACUACCCACACUAGCACGCACCCUCCGACGGCAACUGACGCUGCACGCGCGGCGCGUGGCAGCCGCGACGGCGCUGCGCGCCGCAGCGCUCUCAGCGGGCCGCGUGGGCGACGUGACGGAGGGGUGGGAGAACCGUGUUUCGGGCGUGGAGUGGGACGAGGCGGUUAGUGUGGUGGUGGUAAGGUGGGGGUGCGGCGUGACGGGGUGGGUGUGUGUUGGUGAGGAUGGAGGGGUGGGGAGGGUUGUUGUUGUGGGGAGGGGGGGGAGGCGGUAUGGUGAGGUGGAGAGGAGGGUGAAGGGGGUGGGGUCGGGGGCGGGGGGGGGGAGGUUGGAGGGGGUGGCGGGGAGGGUGGGGUGGUGUUGA